GUUAAGGAUCUCUUUUCCUGCGGUUUGCAACAUAUAACCGGCUGCAUUGGCGCAUUGUCUUUCUAGUCAAGUUUUUACCCUUUUUAUUUUGAAUAAACAUUUCAACUUUAAAAAUAACCAAUCCGGGUGAGUCCGCACGGAUUACGUGUCGGCGCGUUUCUUUCCACAAUGGGCAACAGAGAUGAUGAGUAUGAUUUCUUGUUCAAAGUGGUAUUGAUCGGAGAUUCUGGUGUUGGAAAGAGUAACUUGCUCUCGCGCUUUACGCGGAACGAAUUCAACCUCGAGAGCAAGAGCACAAUAGGCGUGGAGUUUGCCACGCGCAGCAUCCAGGUCGAUGGGAAGACGAUAAAGGCGCAGAUAUGGGACACGGCCGGGCAGGAGCGUUACCGAGCCAUUACUUCAGCUUACUACAGGGGAGCAGUUGGGGCCCUUCUAGUUUAUGACAUCGCCAAACACUUGACCUAUGAGAAUGUGGAACGGUGGUUGAAGGAAUUGAGAGACCACGCAGACAACAAUAUCGUCAUCAUGCUCGUCGGUAACAAGAGUGACCUGCGGCACCUCAGGGCUGUUCCCACUGACGAGGCCCGCGCCUUCGCAGAGAAAAACAAUCUUUCAUUCAUUGAGACCUCGGCGCUGGAUUCAACAAACGUGGAGGAAGCUUUCAAAAACAUCCUGACAGAGAUCUACAGAAUUGUAUCACAGAAGCAGAUUGCAGACCGAUCAGCCCAUGACGAGUCACCGGGGAACAACGUGGUGGACAUUAGCGUCCCACCCACCACAGAUGGACAGAGGGGGACCAAACUGCAGUGCUGCCAGAACCUGUGAUGACCAUCAGCUCUCGCACCCAUCUCUCUCUCUCUCUAGCCCUCUUUUUUUUCUCUCUCUCUCUAGCUCUCUCUCUCUCUAGCCCCCCCUCUCUCUCUGUCUGUCUGUUUCUAUCUUCCUUUCUCUGUCUUUCUGAGUGUUGUGUCGCUGAUGUGACUUCUUCCCCUACCUAUUUUUGUGUACUAUAAAUAUUUUCUUUUGAUAGCUUGUUAAAUUACACAUACUACUGCCAUAAUAAAAUUUUACAGAAUCUUG